CAAAGUUUGUAUUUUCUUCAAAAUGUAUCGCGAGGAAAGAAUAUUUUUUUAUUUUUCAGUUAACUACUAGGACCCGUUGGCUAUAAUUUUGAAACGUUAAAAUAUGAUCUUUUUAACAAUAUAAUAAAAAAAUUACGUUUUAAAGUGAACAUUAUGUUUUGUUUAUUUUGAAAUUAGUUAAUGAACGUUUCAAUAAACUUUUAAAGCAGUUUUAGAUCUAAAUGAAAAAUAAAUACAUAAAAUUAUAUACGUAACAUACAUAUACAAACCGAAUAUUGUAAAUGUUACCGACUCGGUUCUUGGUGUGCUCAAAAAAAAUAAAAUCUUUAUACAUCAGCAAUUUUUACAAACUGACUAUAAAAAAAAGAUACGUAAACACAGAAUACGUUGAUAUCACGAAAAAUAACAAUGUAAUCGUUGGAGGAAAAAACUUGCGAAAUUUACUUGAAACUCACGUUGGUGCUCAAAAAUACUGGCUUGAACAUAAAGAGGAUCUUAAACAAAUAAACUACAUUAAAACAAAGUGUCAGAAUGAGUUAGUAAAAAGAAGUCUAACAGACAGUGUUCAAGAAGUUAUUCUGCCGAUUGGUACAAAUGCAGAUGAAAGAGAAACUUACUUAAACUACUUUGGUGCAAUUCGUUUCGGAAAGCUACUCGAAGAUUUAGAUACAAUUGCAGUAUGGGUAGGUUACAAGUAUUACAAAGGUCCAACAGAGAGACCUCCUUUUGCAUUGGUGACUGCUAGUGUAGACAAAAUCAAUUUGAAAGGAAAUUUGGUUCAACCAAAAGAAGACCUUAAACUUAAAGGAUUUGUUUCAUGGGCAGGGAAAACUUCCUUAGAAGUCACAAUUUAUAUUUAUCAAUACAAAAAAGAACUUGAUAUCUGGAAACACUUAGCUGAAGCUGUAUUUGUAAUGGCUGCUAGAUCAAUGGAUGAUGGUACCUCAGCAUUGAUUAACCCUUUUGAAGCUAAUACUGAAGAAGAAAAAAAAUACUUUAAUAAAGGUUUGCUAAAUAAAGAAUUAAGAAAAAUUAAAUCAGAGAGUUCUUUAUUAAAGAUUUCACCGACAGCUGAUGAAAAAGACAGCGCUCAUAAACUAUUUUUAAAAACAAUAAGUUCAAGCAAGUCUACAUUUGUAAGUCGUGUAAAACCAGAUAAUGCAGUUUGGAUGCAUGAUACAACUCUAAAGAAUCUUAUUAUUUGCCACCCUCAGUCAAGAAAUUGGUACAACAAGAUAUUUGGUGGUUUUCUUAUGCGAGUUGCUUACGAGCUUGCAUGGGCAAAUACUAGUGUUUUUAUCAAAACAAUUCCAAAUCUUAUUACGGUAGACAAUAUUGCUUUUCAAAAACCAGUUGAAGUUGGAUCUCUUUUAUACUUAACUAGUCAAAUUGUGAUGACAAAAGGUGUAUAUCUUCAAGUAAGAGUUCAUGCUGAAGUAGUUGAUCCAAAAUCAGGAUAUACCGACACAACAAAUGUGUUUCAUUUCCAUUUUACAAGUAAUGAACCGUUUCCAGAAGUGAUUCCAUCUACAUAUGCUGAAUACAUGUUGUAUCUCGAUGGCUUAAGACACUUUCCAGCUAACUUGAAACACGACUCUAGCUUAUCUAAAUAGUUUACUACAAUUGGAACUUUGAGUUUAAUUAUAUCCAAUUAUUAUUUAUGUAUUAAACAACUGUAUUUACACAACUGUAUUUUUUUAUAUAUGUUUUUUAUAAGAUGAUUUUUAUUUUGGAA